AUGCUGACCCGCCCUUUAAUUCUCCUAGCAUUACUGCUAGCUUCCUUCUUGGCCAUCGUCUCUUCUACCUCUCAUCGAAAGUUGCACAAGAUGACGCUCUUCGCAGCGGGAUACAACGGAACCAUCGUCCCCUACUCGGUCUCUUCCCAGGGUGAGAUCGCUCAGCUCUCGCAAGGUGUAGCCGCGAACUGCUCAGGCACUUCUCCCUCAUGGAUCGCCUUUUCCACCCGCCAUCACAAAAACAGACUCUACGUAGUCACAGAUUUCUACUCUGUGGACGAAUCUUCGCCCGGCCGAGUCUUUUCUCACACCUAUGACCCAAAGACGCAUAGGAUUGCUCAGACUGGUAGUGCAAAACAAAAAUCGAAUGGAUCUUCUAGCGGUGGUGAUGGACCUGUCAGCUGCUUGAUCGGUCAUGGGCCAAGCGAAGGGUUGCUUUUUGCAGCCAACUAUAAUUCUGGUUCAGCUGCUGUCAUCCCUAUUGAUGCUAAGGAUGGGACGGUGGCUAGUGAGCCAAAGAAGGUGAUCCAGUUUACAAGACCUGCAGAACAACCAAAAGUAGGACCAGUGGCGGAUCGACAAGAUCACUCAUACGCACAUCAAGUCUCGAUCUCGCCUUCUGGGAAGUGGGUGUAUGUAGUCGAUCUUGGUGCUGAUCAAAUCCAUCAUCUUCGCAUCGACGAGGGAGGGGAGGUGGAGUUUGUGGCAAGUACCAAUGUUGAGGUCGGUUCUGGUCCCCGUCAUAUCACCUUCCAUAAGGACAAGCAGGCACGUGUGUUCGGCUACCUUGCCUCGGAGUUGGACAACAAGGUUUCCUCAUUUCAGCAGAAUGAAGAGACCGGAGAGCUCAAGCUCAUCGGAACUCCAUCUCUAUCCUCGCCUCCCGGUGUACCGCUUAGUGGAGAUGGGAUCUUGCCGACGAAUAGGACUACAGCCGAAAUUGCUGUUGUUCCAGCUGGCGACUUUGUAUAUGUGAGCAAUCGAGGUGAUAUGAAGGAAGACCAUAUCAGCGUCUUCAAGAGGGACCAGGAGACAGGAGAGGUUAGCUUUGUGGAAUGGGUCGGAAGUGGCGGUAGGAUGCCACGACACUUCAGUUUAAGUUCCGACACCGGGAAGGAGAAAGAGGCGAGCUAUUUGGCGGUUGGACAUCAGACCGAUCAGAACAUUGUCAUUUUCUCACGAGAUCCCAAGACAGGCGGGUUGAAUAGGGUCAGUGAGCAGAAGAACGUCGGCCAGGUUGCUUUUACAGGCUUUUCCCCAUUCUAG